AUUCUUCCAUUUCUCAAAAACCAACAAGAAAAAAAUAGCUCUCUCUCUCUCCAUCUUUGCUAUGGCCGCCUGAACUCUCCCUCUCUGUCUUCCCCAACCCCUAAAGCCCCCAAAUCACACACACCACGAGAUUUGAUGAUUCCCCUUCUGUCCUCUUUUAUGAUUCCGGCAUCAUAAAUUAGACGUUAAUGAUUUCAAUUUCUUCAAUUUUUGUUCAGUUUAAAAGGGAGGCAUAAGCUCAAAUCUCGUGGAAUCCGGCUUUGUUGGUGCGCUCGAGGGGAAAAAGUUGUGAUCUUGCUCGUGAAUAUCGGGGAUCACUUGGAAGGGUGUAGUAAUUUCUGGAGCUCGAGAGGUGUUUUGUAUCGAUAUUUCAGGUAAACGGUUUUGAUAGAGAUAUGGAGAGAGCUGAAGAAUCAGGUAGUCCUAGUUGGAGCUCGUCGUUCUAUAUGCCUACGAGCGAGGAUGUUGCUAGAGCUGUUGCAGCAGCAGCUGCAGCUGUUCGUUCUCCUCGACCUUCUGUGGUGUAUUCGUCGAAAGAGGAGAGUGGUGGCCAGCUUAAGAAGCUUCAGCAUCAGGUCUCGAGAAUGUUGAAAGGUCUAUCCACUCCCCCUGAAGUUAAAAGCAGUUUGUACAACCCGGAAGUACUAACAAGUCAGAAGCGUCAGUGGGCUAACUUUCAAUUACAAAUGCUGGAUCACAAAGUGUGGAAGGAGCCUUCGAAGCUUUUUGAGAGCAUGGUGGUUGUUGGACUUCCUCCUAGUUCUGACGUUCAAGCACUCCAAAAUCUGUACUUGUCUAGAAAAUUUGAAGGUCCAGGGAAAUUGCGAAGUGCACUUGGUAGUCAGAAUCAGUGCCGUAUAGAACCUAACCUUGAGCCGCAGGUCUUGUUUGUUUAUCCUCCAGAAAAGCAACUACCGUUAAAGUACAAGGAUCUCCUUUCUUUCUGCUUUCCAAACGGGGUAGAGGUGAAUGCUGUUGAGAGAACGCCAUCAAUGAGUGAAUUGAAUGAGAUACUUCUGGGACAGGAGCAUCUCAAGCAGAGUGAUUUGUCAUUUGUCUUCCGGCUGCAGGUUGCUGAUUCUUCAACUCUUUAUGGUUGCUGUGUUUUGGUUGAAGAAAUGAUACAAAAGCCGUCCGGGUUGAUCUCUACUGUUUCUGAUGGGCAACCUGCCUGUUCAAGUCGGAGCCGCUAUAUUUUGAUGACACGUCGUUGUUACUGCAUUCUUUCCAGGCUUCCAUUUUUCGAGCUGCAUUUUGGCGUGCUGAAUAGCAUCUUCACGGAAGAGAGGUUGGAGCGGUUGACUAAGCAGAUAAAUGGUUUGGAUUUAGACUCACCUGUGGGCUGCGAUAUGGUUGAAACAUUAGAAGAGAAAGCUGAAAGUUUACUGCUGACUGAUGAAGCACCCAACACACAUGAUGGGGCAGUUGAUGCUUCGGAGUCGAGUACAAACGACUCUAUCUCAGAGAGCCCAAUUAACAAUAUAUCUCAGUUUGAACUUGACCAAGACAAGAGAGAAUCUAAUGGCAGUGAUGCCCCUCUUGAUCCUGAAAUAGAAAAACUAGCUUCUUGGGAAGAACCGACAGCUGAAGUUGAUUCACCCCCAAAUUCAGACAAUGACAAUCUCAGUGCCAAGCAGUCAUUUGAAAGGCGUUUACCAAAUUCUGUGUUGCCAUUCCUGCGGUACCAACAAUGUGAAAGUUCUGAUUCAUCCCCCAGUUUUCGAGCAUCACCAUGUGAAGAUAGGGAUUUUAGAUGUGAUUAUGACGAGGCAGAUGCAGAAGACGCAUGUUCAUCUGGUCGGGAUAUCUUCAGUGAACAAAGUGAUAUCCUUGAGUGGGCAAAGGCAAACGACCACGGAUCCUUGCAAAUAAUUUGUGAAUAUUACCAAUUAUCUUGCCCCGCACGUGGUUCAACAAUCAUGUUCCACCCUCUGGAUCACCUUCAUCCUCUAGAAUAUCAUAGACCCGACGAAUCAGUUCUACCCAUUGCAGGUUCAAAAAUCGAUUUGAGAUCUUGCAAUACAAGUUUGGAGUUUUCUGAGGCCCACAGCGCGCUCGUUGUGGAAGAGGAGGCAGCUGCUUUAUCAGUGUGGGCUAUCGCUUGCUUAUGUGGUACCCUAAGACUGGAGCAUGUGUUGACAUUAUUUGCAGGAGCCCUACUGGAGAAGCAGAUUGUCAUUGUCUGUUCGAAUUUGGGUAUUUUAUCUGCUUUAGUUCUAUCAAUUAUCCCCCUGAUUCGGCCUUAUCAGUGGCAGAGCUUGUUAAUGCCGGUACUUCCAAAUGACAUGCUGGACUUUCUGGAUGCACCUGUCCCAUACAUAGUAGGUGUAAAGAAUAAAACAGAGCUGCAGGCGAAGUUAACUAAUGUUAUUCUGGUUGAUGCAAAUAGAAAUCAGGUGAAAUCACCGUCACUACCACAGCUACCUCAGCAGAGAGAACUUUACUCAAAACUCAGUCCUUUCCAUGAGAAACUGGUCGGAGAAAGUUACUUGGGGAAGAAAAGGCCAAUCUACGAAUGCACUGAUGUGCAGAAAGAAGCUGCCAAAGGCUUUCUGGAUGUGCUGCGUACUUACUUGGACUCUCUCUGUUCUAACCUUCGCUCUCACACAAUCACUAACGUCCAAUCAAACGACGAUAAGGUAUCGCUGCUGUUAAAAGAGAGUUUCAUCGAGUCAUUCCCCAGUCGGAAUCGCCCUUUCAUGAAGCUCUUCUUGGAUACGCAGCUCUUCUCUGUACAUACGGAUUUUAUACUCUCUUUCUUCCAGAAGGAAUAGUGUAAAGGUAAGCCGCCCUCGGCGCUGGCUGGCAACCCGGUGGAUGGAUCGGGACACAAUUAUCGCAACGCAUACUAAAAAUCUACACAGUUUCCUCCAAUUUAUCUCAUAAAUUUUGUCUCUCAUAUAGAAGAAGAUGAUGACUUAUUUAACUGAUACUACUAAAAUUUAGGUUAGAGAGAACUGUUAUGUAUGUGCCUUAAGAUAUGCAAAUAGAUGUUAAGACAUCAUGUAUUUUAUUAGUGAAGUUUUGAGCCGUUUCUCGA